GUGCAGGGGCCAAGGGGCCCAGAGAGAUGAGGGGGGCAGGACGGGAGCAGGCGGGAUGGUGAGGAGAAGCCGGAGACGGAAGCUGCCCAGAUGCACCGCGCUGUGCAGACGAGAAGAGGGGCUCAGGGUCAAGCGGAGCUGCCCUUCUUGCGGCCCAGAACCCGGGAAUGAAGAGAAGAGGGGCAGAGGGAACCCUAUUUCGGUUCAGUUGUUCCCCCCUGAGCUGGUGGAGCACAUCAUCUCCUUCCUGCCGGUCAGAGACGUGGUCGCACUCGGCGAGACGUGCCACUAUUUCCACGAAGUGUGCGACACAGAGGGCGUGUGGAGGAGGAUCUGCCAGAGGCUCAGCCCCCGGCUCCGAGAACAGGCUCCCGGGCUCCGGCCCUGGAAGAGAGCCGCCAUCCUAAACUACACAAAGGGCCUGUACUUCCAGGCGUUUGGGGGCCGCCGGCGCUGUCUGAACAAGAGCGUAGCCCCCCUGCUAGCCCAUGGCUACCGCCGCUUCUUACCCACCAAGGACCACGUCUUCAUUCUCGAUUAUGCCGGCACCCUCUUCUUCCUCAAGAAUGCCCUGGUCUCCUCCACCCUUGGCCAGAUCCAGUGGAAACGAGCCUGCCGCUACGUUGUGCUGUGUCGUGGCGCCAAAGAUUUUGCCUCGGACCCGAGAUGUGACACCGUUUACCGGAAAUACCUCUAUGUCUUGGCCACUCGGGAGCAGCCAGGAGUGGUGGGCACGACUGGCAGCCGAGCGUGUGACUGCGUGGAGGUCUAUCUGCAGUCCAGUGGCCAGCGGGUCUUCAAGAUGACCUUCCACCAUUCUAUGAGCUUUAAACAGAUUGUGCUGGUGGGCCAGGAGGCACAGCGGGCGCUGCUGCUCCUCACAGAGGAAGGGAAGAUCUACUCUUUGGUGGUGAAUGAGACGCAGCUGGACCAGCCUCGCUCCUACACGGUGCAACUGGCACUGAGGAAGGUGUCACGCUGCCUCCCACACCUCCGCGUGGCCCGCAUGGCCUCCAACCAGAGCAGCACCCUGUACAUCACGGACCAGGGGGGAGUGUAUUUUGAGGUGCAUACCCCAGGGGUGUAUCGUGAUCUCUUUGGGACCCUUCAAGCCUUUGAUCCCCUGGACCAACAGAUGCCUCUUGCCCUCUCACUGCCCGCCAAGGUUCUAUUCUGCUCACUUGGCUACAAUCACCUGGGCCUGGUGGAUGAAUUUGGCCGAAUCUUUAUGCAGGGAAAUAAUAGAUAUGGACAGCUGGGGACAGGCGACAAAAUGGACCGAGGAGAGCCCACGCAGGUCCCCUUCUGCGCCUGCGCCCUCUGCUCCAGCCGUGACUGUCUCUACUUGCUGUCCAGCCAUGACAUCGAGCACCAUCUCACCUAUCGGGACCUGCCAGCCAGCAGGGUGGUGGCGACCCCCGAGCACAGCCUUGGCACUGGAGUACCCCAGGACCCCGGGGGCACUGCCCGGGCCUGCGAGGAGUACCUCAACCAGAUCCACAGCUGUCCAACGCUGCAAGACCGCAUGGAGAAGAUGAAGGAGAUUGUGGGCUGGAUGCCGCUGCUGGCGGCCCAGAAGGAUUUCUUCUGGGAGGCCCUGGACAUGCUGCAGAGGGCGGCCAGCGGGGGUGGCCCAGAGUCCUCCACCCCCGAGAGCUGACGCCCCCUC